UGGGGUGCAGAGCCGUGGGGUGCCCCGCUGAGCAGCUCUGGCCUCUGCUCCCCCAGGAGCCAGGCUGUGCAGCUGGAGAUGCCAGAGGCCCUGUCCUUGGAGAUUCAGACGGAGUACAAGGUCCCCGAGGUCUUCUUUGAACUGAGCAAACAGUUGAGCAGCCAUCAAGGUUCCUGUGAGGAUGGUCUCCCUCUGUCCGUAUUUGUUUGGGAUUUCUUGGACCAUCUGACAGAGCAGCCUGGCAGUUGUGAAACUGACAUGGAGCAGUUUGCAGAGACCCUGAGUGGCCGGGUCACCACGGACGAGGCUUUGCAAGAACUGGUGGACCUCAUCUACCAACAGGCCACGUCCGUGCCCAAGUUCCGCAGCGGGGGAGCUGGCCUGUGUAAUUACCUGUCCCGUCACCUGAGCAUUCGCUCACAGAGGGGCAGCUUCCGCCAAGUGCUCCUUCAAAGAUGUCAGGCUGAUUAUGAGCCUCGAUAUCAAGCUGCCAAGGGGGAUGAAGCAGCUCGGAAACGAUUCCACGGGUUCGUGCUCUUUCUGGGAGAACUUUAUCUUCUGCUGGAGAUCGAAGGGGCAAAUACAGAGGCUCGAGUAGCUGCUCUCCGGGGGUUGUUGGAAGCCCUCCUUUCUCACCCU